AUGAUGGUGAAUAGCUUAGAGUCCCCUACUGAAUCUGUAACAUCAAAAACAGUCGCUGUAACGACGAAAGAUUUCAAAGAUGGAAGGAAAUCGUCGUUGUUAUCGCCAACAAAUGAAAAAAAGAGAACAAAGAAAACCAAAACAACAACAACGUCCUCUUCUUCAUCGUCGAGAACAACGAAAAGAAAAAGACGAAAAGACUUAUCAUCGACUGAUAAUAGCACUAAACCAAAAUCAGUGACAAAUAGACGAAUAUCUUUUACGAAUUCAAAACAACAAUCACAAAAACGUCCGCGAUCACUCAGCGAUGAAAGUACCUCUUCAAGAAGUUGCUCAUCAGAUAGUUCCUGUUCAUCAUCAUCGUCCGAUUCUUCGCUGAACUCUUCGUUAUCCUCAUCAAAUUCAAAUUUACCAACAAACUCUGUGCCGACAAUCAAAAUGACAAAAGACAAUGAUAAUAUAGGAUCAACAAUGCAAUCGACAACCGAUGAUAUUUAUGACAUGGAGAUGAAAACGAACAAGAACUCAACACUAACAGUACUACCACCACCAUCAACUACAACAAUAUUAGCAACAACAACCAUUGAUGCAAAUAUUAGUAAUGAUAAAAGUCGACGUUCUAUUGCGGAAGAACAUAUUAAAACGAUAACAUCAAAAACAAACACUGGAAAACAUGAUAUUAUCGAUGGUUUUGCAUUUUUAUCGUUCGAAAAUAAUGAUGAUCUAUUAUUAGCGUACGAACAACAUCGACAAUUAUUAUUUACACAUAAUAAGCAUAAAAUAAAUGAACGAAAUAGAAUAACGAUUGGAAGAAAGUCAAGCAGAAAAACAGAGCAUUCCAUGAUGAUGAUGGAUGAACUAAAUCGUUCAAUGAGUAUGCCAUGCAAUCCAACAAUCAAAAUAGAAGAUAUCACGCAAUCUUUACCAAAUACACCAUCGAUGAUUAGUGCUUUAGAUGAUAAUAAAUCAUUUGCGGGAAAAAAUAAUCAACAACAACUGAAUAAAUUCGAUGAUAUCAACGAUAGUUUCAAUAACAGAGCUUUAUGGUUAUCCACAUCUAAGUCUUGUGUUGACGUAAACCGACAACAACACCUAAUACAUAACGGCACAACUCAAGCAUUUUUAUCAUCACCAACGAAACUUCUUGACAAUCAAUAUUACUUGAAUAUGAUUAAAAGUGAAUCAUUGGAUCUGAAGAAGAAUGACAUUGAUCAACAAAAAACGAAACAAAAUUUGUUGAUAAAAGCAUUUGAGUUUACAGCUGAUGAAAAUUCAGUUUUGACAAACGAAAAAGAACGUGCUGGUAUGGAUGAAAAUCAAAAGAAAUCAAGUUUGAUUGACGAUUGCUGCCAGCCUUCGUCACAUCGGGAUUCGAUAUGUUCAAAUACAGCAACAUUAUCGAGUAUUACACAAAAUACAACCGAAACACCAAUCCAUCCAGAAUCAUCCCAUCAUUAUCAUCGUCAUCAUCAUCAUAAAUCACACAAAAAACAUAAAUCAAAACAUUUGAACGACAAUCCACAGCAAAUUCCUAAACAUUCUCCGAUAAUGGCACCAUCAGAAUUAAAUAAAGAACGACGUACUCCAUCGACAAACAAACCAGAGCAAAAUUUAUUCGAUUACUCUCAAUUUAAACAGUUUCCAUCAUUUCCUCCACCGCCGUUUGGACCAUCGUUGCCGUUUGAUCCAUUGUUGUAUUCACGUUUUUAUAAUCCUCAACACAAUUUUGAUCCGCCUAUACCACCACCGCCUUUAUUCUCACAAGGUCUUCCGAUGUUUCGUCCUUAUCCGAAACCAGACGAAUCGUCAAAUUCACCAACACCAAACUCAGUUAAUUUAUCUUUCGAAAAAAUGCUGUCAUCGUUGUAUCCUAGUUACAUGUCGGCUGCAGCUGCCGCUGCUGCAGCAUCGAAUAUGCCCUCUUCAUCGAAUAUCAAUAUGAAAAUGGAUUCAAUGAGCAUGUACCCUCAGUUAUGGUCACGUGAGAAUUUACAGCGACAAUUAAAUUCACAUUAUUUAGCUACUCAUCAUAAUCAAAAUUCUUUUCAACAGCAACAAGCUGAUAAAUUAACCCAGUCAAAAUCGGAUGUAUCUCCAGCACAAUUUCCUUCAACAUCCAAAGCAGCUGAUCCACCGCCAAAGACUCCUACAAGUACAUCAAGUGCUAAUUUUUCUCCAUUACCAUACCAUUUACCACCGCUGAUCUUUACAGAAUUUCAUCAGCAUCAACACAAUCAUAAUCAUACACAUCAGCAUAAUUUAAAUUUAGCAACAAAAGACGAGUCUUCACAUAAAUCACCGUCAGUAACGCCAAAUCCCCCCGUUACCAAAGAUGUAUCACCAAAAAAGUCUUCAUCGCAAACAAAAACAAAAUUUUCUGUGAGUGAAAUGUUCAUCAAUGAUAAUCAGACAAAUAAUAAUUUAACAGUGAAAAAACCAAAUGAAUUAUCAUCUACGAAUCAUGCAUUUUUAUCAGUAAAUAAAUCUUCAGUGAAAAAUAACUGCUCUCCAGCUACGACAAUUAAACAACCCUCUAACGGACAUUGGUCAACGGCUCAUAUUCACAUAGCGUGGAUGAUUUACUAUCAAGAACAACGAAUACGCGAUAAAUUCGGUUUGGCAUCAUCUAAUAAACAGCACAAUCCUGCAACGAAUACGCUGCGACCACCUUUUCUUCCUUUUGAUACCCAGUCUCCCUUGUUUUCGUCUCAAAAUGACAUGAACACACGUGGUAGUUUUAGUCCAUGGAUAACUCCAUCAUUUAAAUCUUUACCACCAUUUCUUCCUCAUCAAGAACAAUCACAAUUAUUUAGACCGCCAUUUGUACCAGUUUCAAACAAAUUAUCUUCAUCGGCAAAUUUAACGUUGCCUUGUCCAAAACCAAUUAUCACUUCGUCCACAACAAUUAAACCAAAACGUGAUUCUGAAAUAAAACAUCAAACAAAACCUGUUACAAACGACGUAAUACCGCCGCGUACAACACCAUUGCCCACAGUACAAUUCGAUCCACAUAUAACAAAUACCACAAGUUUGUUAGAGCGUGGAUCUCUAUCUCCCCAUGUACCAGGUCGAUCUGUAACAACAUCAGCUCAUCUAUUAUCUUCACCUUCUCUACGAUUACCACAGCAACAAUCUUUUCAUACACAGAAUAAAGAUUUAUUAGACGAAAGAAGAAAAUUUAAUCAGGAACAGUUACUUGCAUUUCCGCCUUCACCAUUUCUUUCUUUCUUAUUACCAAACUCGGCAACAUCGAUGAGUUCGCAAUUGCCACCGUUUAAUCGACCAACGACAUCAGCAUCAAAUAUUGACUACAAACCCUCAUUAUCACCUUACUUUUCAACAUCAUCAUCAUUAUUCGAUCCAUCAGCGAUAGGCACACGCGGACCAUCGUUUUUACCUGAUCGUUUAGAACAAGAACGAUAUCGAUAUUUAUUCGAACAACAACAACAAUUUAGAGAAAGAGAGUUACAAAUGAUGGUCGCGGCAGCCAAUCAUCCAUUAAACGCUUUUCAUCAGUCAUUAUCGGCAAAUGAUGAAAGAAUGCGUUUACAUGAGAGAUUAUAUAAACCAUAUUGA